AUGUCCUACCGGGAGGUGCGUUCUUUUGUGGAGACGAUGCGUCUCCUGGGGUACCCGAACCUCAUCAGCAUGGAGUCUUUUCGCACCCCCAAUGUGGUGCUGGUGGCUGACUGCCUGUUUUGGCUCAUUAAGCGCUACGAGCCCUCGGCGGAGAUUGUGUACGAGAUUGAGCGCGAGGGGGAUCGCAUCUUCUUCUUCAAGCAAAUCUGCGAGGUUGCCAUGUCAAAGGGCCGCGUUAAACUCAACACCAAGAAACUCUACCAGUCUGACGGGAAUGCGGUGCAAGAGAUGCUGAUAUUAGCCAGUGUGCUCAAGAAGGCGAUGAAAGCCACCGAGGCGGAGGAGGCGGACUACACCAGCGUGCAGCAGAUGGUGGCCCAAAAGAAUGUGCAGGACGCCAAGCGGGUGCAGCAGCUCUGCAGCGACCUUACAAGCGACGGCAGUGAUCUCUUCUUCCUCAUUGAGGAGGAGAUCUCACAGCGAGGGGAGCGGCAGCGGGUGUUGUCGCGCGCGACAGAAGUCGGUGAGUUUGAGCGACGCCUGCGCGACGCCCUCUUCAACGUUGGCAAACAAAUAGAACAGUUGCAGUCUAGCAUUGCCAAUCUUGCGGCGGAUGAAACGACGCUGGAACAGAAGAUUGAGAGCAAAAAGACGCAAUUAGAGCGAGCACAGAAAAGACUGAAGUCGCUGAUGGCCGUGCGUCCCGCUUUCAUGGAGGAAUACGAGAAGCAUGAAGGGGAUCUGCAAUCGCAGUUCGUUGUCUACCUUGAGCAGUAUCGCAACUUGGAGUACCUGGAACACGAACUGGCCAAAUUCAACGCCGCAGAGGACGCGGUGCUAGAGGAGCAUGAGACGCGGCUUCGUGUGAUGCGGGAGCGACUUCGGAAGGAGGAGCUAAGUGCGAUUCGCGGUGAGGCCAGCCACAAGCGUGGCGCGGUCCGCCCAGGUGAGGAGUUCAACCCCUUCACAAUGGAGUCUCAGCCCGGCGUCAGCAACAACAAGGGGGAGGAUGGGGGGGAUGCCUCCAUGGCGGUGCGAGGCGCCUACCCAACGGGCCGCACGCAAAACGCAGAGGAAGAAGGCAGUAGCGAGAGUGCUUCGGGUACAGGCUCUCGCGGGGAAAAUCCACCUCGGCCGCAUGCUGUGCCUGGUCGCCCACGGCAUUCGCCCUCGAUGCCAUCUGAAGUUCCGAUGCGGUGCAACGGCGGUGACGGUAGUGCGGGCGACAGGAACGGCGGCAACGGUGUUGCCGAUGUAAUGGACCCCGAACUCCGUCAGGCGGAGCUGCUGUCUUCGGACAUGCGAAAGGUGCGUGUGGGGCCGGCCGUCUCCUCGUCGGAAUAUGGUGCCAUCACUCUCGCGCGUGGUCCGGACACAAGCGUUGACGAGAGCGGGAGCGGGUUCUCGGGGGACGACAGCGUCAGCGACUCAGACUCUGACAUCGACACCUCCGACAUCAGCACCGACAGCGACGACGCUGACGACGACAACAGCAGCAGCAGCAUCUGA